CUACCAUGUCGCGCACAUCCAUACUCGGCUCGCUGCCAAAGCCCAAAUACAGCGGCGAAGAUGAGGAACUGCCGACUCAUACCCAGCAGAAAGGGCCCAAAGUGAUCGCAGCGCGUGAACUCGAAUCGUCACAGUUGACCGUGAAACGAAGUGGACCACCAGCAUAUGGACAGCGUGCGGGAUGGAGACCGCGAGGGGCGGAGGACUUUGGCGAUGGAGGUGCCUUUCCGGAGAUCCCAAUGGCUCAGUACCCGCUUGAUAUGGGAAGGAAGAACAUGCCAUCGAGCUCGAAUGCGCUGGCGCUGCAGGUCGACCGGGAGGGCAAGAUCAAGUACGACGCCAUUGCGAGACGCGGCCACAGCGAAACACGUAUCGUGCACGCAAGCUUCAAGGACUUGAUCCCGUUACGGCAGCGAGCUGAUGCGGGAGAGAUUAAUUUAGAGAAGCCCAGUGAGGAGGAGGUGGAGGCCACGAAGCAGAGGACACAAUUAGCGUUGCAGGGCCUGGUCAGUGGAGCUUUGGCAGCACAAAAGCCGAAGAACAUCAAAGGCACGAGUAGGGCCGAACCCACGUUCGUCCGUUAUACACCUGCAGAUCAGAUGGGCGACAAGAGCAAGAAGCAGGACCGCAUCAUAAAGAUUGUGCCGAGGCAGCAGGAUCCUAUGGAGCCACCGAAGCACAAGAUCAAGAAAGUUCCCCGGAAAGAUCCGUCUCCUCCGCCUCCUGUCAUGCAUUCUCCGCCUCGCAAAUUGACCGCCGAAGACCAGGAAAACUGGAAAAUCCCACCGCCAGUGUCAAAUUGGAAGAACGCCAAAGGAUAUACUGUGCCACUCGAUAAGCGAUUAGCUGCAGACGGCCGGGGACUGCAAGACGUGACGAUCAACGACAAAUUUGCACAGUUUGCCGAAGGCUUGCACACGGCAGAUCGACAUGCAAGAGAAGAGGUUCAACAGAGAGCGAAGAUGCAGCAGAGAUUAGCGGAGAAGGAGAAAGAGGCCAAAGAGGAGAACUUGCGCCAACUCGCAAUGAAAGCACGUGCGGACAAGCAGGCAGCGAUGGCGCAAAGGCGUGGCUCUGAUCGUGGCCGAUCGAGAAGCAGAUCGGUGGACAGCAGAUCCUCUUAUUCAUCAUAUUCUUCGCGAAGCAGGAGCGGGAGCGGGAGCAGGAGCAGAAGUCGCGGUGGCGGCCGCGACGAUGGCGACAGGGAGCUGAGAGCGCGUGAAAAAGCACGAGCUGAGCGGAAGAGAGAAGCCAAGGAUGAGCUCCGAAAGAAGAACAUGGGACACGAGCGUAGAGUGCAGAUGAUGGCACGAGAACAAAAUCGAGACAUCAGUGAGAAAGUGGCGCUGGGCUUGGCAAAGCCGACGCAGAACAAGGAAGCAAUGUACGACUCGCGGUUGUUCAACCAAAGCUCUGGACUUGCGGCCGGGUUCAACGAGGAUCAAGCAUACGACAAACCUCUGUUCGCGAGCCGUGAUGCAUUGAACUCCAUCUACCAGCCACAAGCGGGGGAUGAUGACGGGGAAGACGAGGGCGAGACGUUGGAGAAGAUUCAAGGCACGAAGCGCUUUGAUGGUCUUGGGCGGGCACCCAAGGAAGGCUUCAAGGGUACAGACACUGCUGAGGCGAGAAGUGGACCUGUACAAUUUGAGCGCGAUCGCGGCGAUGAUCCUUUUGGCGUGGAAGCCAUGAUUGCCGAAGCAUCAGAAAAGGCCAGCAAGCGAGCAGCAGAAGAGGAGGCUGGUGGUCGGAGCAAAAAGGCUAGAGUGGACGAUGAUUAGGUAUGGAUGAGAGCUCUGUUUGUACUUCUCAGUACGACAUCUCAAGAAUCCAAGUUAAAGGCAUCGAGCCUGCGAACUCUUUGACGACUGAGCGUCUACAGAGUUGACCCUUCAGGACCGAACGCGCGAGAUGGCACCUUUUCUUCGAGCUCCGCGCAGACUCAUGGACCGCACCAGCACUACGAUGAGCGAUGCCCGUAUACAGCCAGAAGCGAGUCUCAUUGCAGUACUCCCCGACACAUCCACCACAACCGCUUUCGGCACAUCUGGCAACCUCCAACUGUCACCAUUGACGAACAC